CGUAGCUUUGUGCCGCGAAGGACUUCGCUAUUCACGCCUGUGUUGGCCCAAAAUUCGAUAAGUAGUUUAAGUAGAAACAGAACACUGUUUUAAUGUAACGCGUAACAACGGCAUUUGGCGGGAGAUUACAAAAAUAUUAAAUAUUUGGGGAGACGACAGUUGGCUACUGUUUCGACAUUGUAAAAUAAAGAUACAGCAUUACUUAAAAAUUACAAGAUCAUUGCCCCGUGCAUUUGGUGCCGUUACCUGAGAAUACAAUAACAUCUGUAAUUGACUAGUGCAGAACAAAAGACCUAAAGAUGUGGUCGCAUUUAGAACGUGGCAGUUCGCCAGUAGAUUGGUGUGAAUCUAACUAUUCUAUUACACCUAUGAUAGCCGAAUUUGUUAAUACUAUAAGCAAUGUUCUCUUCUUCUUACUUCCCCCAGUGUUAAUACACCUAUUUCAAGGCUAUGCAAAGUUCUUUAAUCCUGCAAUUAAUGUCUUGUGGUUGUUGUUGAUGGUGGUUGGGUUAAGUUCUGCCUAUUUCCAUGCUACCUUAAGUUUAGUUGGACAGCUUCUAGAUGAGUUAGCAAUACUUUGGGUGUUCAUGGCUGCAUUUGCAACAUUUUUUCCAAAAAGAUAUUUUCCAAGUUUUUUAGGUGGUAAUAGGAGAUUGCUAGCUUUAUAUGCUAGCGUAUUCUCCGUGUUAUCGACCGGAUUUCUCGUGAUGCAUCCGAAAGCCAAUGCCUUCGCUCUGAUGACUCUUGCAGUACCAGCACUUGUAUUUCUUUGCAAAGAAUUGAAAAGAGUAAAAUGUGCGCGCGUUUACCGUCUUGGUCUGCGAUGCGUUGCUGUAAGUCUUCUGGCAAUGUUCUGCUGGAUCAUCGACCGAAUGUUCUGUGACGCCUGGCUUUAUAUAAACUUUCCGUACCUGCAUGGAGCCUGGCACAUUCUGAUCUUCAUCGCAAGUUAUACAGCCUUAGUUCUUUACGCCUAUUUUAAUGUUUCUGAGGAGAGGCCGGAGCAGAAGCCGCAAUUAAAAUACUGGCCAAAAAACGACUUUGAAUUAGGAAUACCAUAUAUAACAAUAAAACAUCCGUACAAAAAGGAUAAUUUAGCUAUUUAGUUUUUUUAAUAAAAAUUACUCAAGUGAGUUUAUAGAGUUUAUCAGUAUAUACUAUCUGUGAUGUAUAGUUUUACUAACAGUGAUUAAGUGCAAUUUGUAAUUUUUAAGAUUUUCAAAGUAUUUAUUUCAGUUUCGAAAUCCAUCACAAAAGUAUAAUCUUUUAUUUGGUAGGUAUGAUGAAAUUUGAACGAGUUUGUCAUUUUUUAUUCUAUUAUACAUUUUCCACACAUAUAAAAUAAUAUAUUUUAUUCAAUUACCAUUGUAUGAAGUGUGUUGUUACAUAAGUUAUCUCUAACAAUGCUUACUUAAUUAACAAACUACUAUUUCAAUAAUUAAUUUUGUAAUUAAGUUUGACUUAUUUAUAAUUUAUGCAUUAAUAUUAAGUGCAUUAAUAUUAUGUAUAAUGACACAUAGUGAUGAAAUAAAUUUUAUAAUUUGCUACAAUAUGCAUGCAUUUUGUAUAUACAAAUUUUUAUUUCAGGUGGACAAUACUACAAUUACUUAGAUUUAUCAGAGAUAUUGUAGGAUACAUUUUUGAGAAUAUAGGUAACUCUGGAAUACAUUAUACUAGCUGCCUCCGC